GUGGAGACGUACACAGCGGAGUUCAGACCAUCUCUGCCCCGCAGCUAGCUUACCCCGCAGCAAGGCCACUGCGGGAAGAUGGCGACGGAAAAACAGAAACAUGAAGGAAGAGUCAAAAUUGGACAUUACAUUCUAGGAGACACGCUUGGAGUGGGCACAUUCGGAAAGGUUAAAGUGGGCCAACAUGAGCUGACCAAGCACCAAGUGGCAGUGAAGAUCCUUAACAGGCAGAAGAUCCGAAGUUUGGAUGUGGUGGGAAAGAUCCGGCGGGAGAUUCAGAACCUCAAGCUUUUCAGGCAUCCUCACAUAAUUAAACUGUAUCAGGUUAUAAGCACCCCUACAGAUAUCUUCAUGGUGAUGGAAUACGUGUCUGGAGGAGAACUCUUCGACUACAUCUGCAAAAAUGGAAAGUUGGAGGAGAAGGAGAGUCGUCGGUUGUUCCAGCAGAUUAUAUCUGCAGUAGACUACUGCCACAGACACAUGGUGGUGCACAGAGACCUCAAGCCUGAAAAUGUGCUGCUCGAUGCACACAUGAACGCCAAGAUCGCAGACUUUGGUUUGUCAAACAUGAUGUCAGAUGGAGAGUUUCUGCGGACAAGCUGCGGUUCUCCAAACUAUGCUGCUCCUGAAGUCAUCUCAGGACGGUUAUAUGCUGGUCCAGAGGUGGACAUCUGGAGCAGUGGGGUCAUUCUUUAUGCCUUGUUGUGUGGGACACUUCCCUUUGAUGACGAUCACGUGCCAACACUCUUUAAAAAGAUCUGCGAUGGGAUCUUUUUCACGCCGCAGUACCUGAACCCAUCUGUAAUUAGCCUCCUUAAACACAUGCUGCAGGUGGACCCCAUGAAAAGAGCUACCAUCAAAGAGAUCCGAGAGGACGACUGGUUUAAAGAGGGCCUUCCCAAGUACUUGUUCCCCGAGGACCCCUCCUACAGCAACAACAUGAUCGACGACGAGGCCCUGAAGGAGGUUUGUGAGAAGUUUGAGUGCACAGAGGAGGAGGUCCUCGGCUGUAUCUACAGUCGCAACCAUCAGGACCCAUUAGCAGUUGCCUACCACCUCAUCAUUGACAAUCGUCGCAUCAUGAGUGAAGCCAAGGAUUUCUACUUGGCGUCCAGCCCCCCUGACUCUUUUCUUGACGACCAGCACCUGACCACGUCUGGCUCAGCUGUGACUAGCACCCCAAAGCCCCACCCCGAGCGUGUCCCCUUCCUCUUGGCGGAGACGCUCCCCAGGCCUCGUCACACUCUGGAUGAACUGAACCCCCAAAAGUCCAAGCACCAGGGUGUUAGAAGGGCCAAGUGGCACCUGGGUAUCCGUAGUCAGAGUAGACCGAAUGAUAUCAUGUCAGAAGUGUGCCGUGCCAUGAAGCAGCUGGAUUAUGAGUGGAAGGUUGUGAAUCCAUAUUAUCUACGCGUGAGAAGGAAGAAUCCUAUUACUGGCAUGCAAACCAAAAUGAGCCUUCAACUCUACCAGGUGGACAGUAGAACCUACCUCCUAGACUUCCGUAGCAUAGAUGAUGAUAUGUUGGAGACAAAAUCUGGAACUGCUACCCCUCUCCGCUCUGGAUCUGUGGGCAACUACCGCACCACUAUAAAGAAUGACGUAGACGGUGCAGACGCUCCUGCUAUGUCUAGCAUUGUGCACACUACCAAGGCUGCAGAGGGCUCCUUAGCUUCAUCGCUGACCUCAUCCAUCGACUCAAUAGGUGGGGGAGACAGCGUGCCUGUCCCUCGACCGGGAAGCCACACCAUCGAGUUCUUUGAGAUGUGUGCAAAUCUUAUUAAAUUACUUGCACGAUAGCUUGCAAAACAAUCGCUAGCCUUUUUUUCCUCUCCGAGUGUCUUUAUAGCAAUAAGCAUGCAACCGAUUCAUGGCUCAAUUCAUCCCGGCUGAGGGUGAAGUGAUUGUUCCAUGGCACUGAUGCAGGUUAGUGGUCCCUAAGCGGAAGAUAUGUUACUGAGCUGGCAGGGAAUGUAAGGGUUCACUAGGAAAGAUGAACGACCAAGCUACUUAAAAUCAAGGACAGAACAACAUUUAAAAACGGGGUUUUACAAUUUUUUAUCUGUUUAAAAAGUAAGAGUCCACAGCCCAACUAUACUUAAUAUACGUGCAAGUGAUUACACUGAAUUUCCUGUACUAUAGCCAGUGAGCUCUGCUUUCCAGUUCAGAGAACAUGAUCAAGUUUCUGCCUGCAGAGAGGGAAGCGGCACAUCGAGGGUUAAGUAUUUGGGUGGCAGUCCUAUAGGAUGCAGGAAGCACUUUUGCACAAGUAUCCUUAAUUUCCUGCUGCCCUUGUAUUUGUCUCAGUAUGCAUCAGGAAAGUGGUGCAGAUGUAUCGGGGCGCUGCACUGGCUAUAACUAAGGGGUUUUCAUGCCCGUCACGUUCAUUUGACACUGAAGAAGUGCGAUGACCCUCGUUGUUUCUGUCUUGUGUCAGAGACAAAAGAAUGCUUCAUCCGAUAUUUGUUUGGUUUUCAUUUUGUGAUGAAUCUGAGUUGUCAGAGACUAAAUUGUCAUGGUUUUGUCCUUGUUGUAAAAAAUCUGUUUGAAUUUGUCUGUCCCUUACAUUUUUAUAUAUAAAGACGUGAAUAUAUUUAUCAGUGCGUUAAGUGGACGCAGUGUUGGUUCUAUUGGAAUGGAAUUGUUUGUUUUCUUUAUUGCAUUAAGAUCUAUUGCUGGAUGGUAUAUAUUUUCCUUUUUUUACUGUCUGGUUUUUAAAUCAAUAUCAAAGUUUUGUUUCCUUCAAUCACAACUAUUCUGAUACUUGAUUGUCUUUCCAGAUAAAAUAUAACCUGCUUUUACUGUUUAGGAGGAAUUUUUGCCAUGACAGUCAAAAUCUAGAUAUAUAUCAUUUUCAGUGUCACAUAUUAAAAUGACAAGUUGAUUUUGACUUAUUUUGUUGCAUUUUCUGUUUGUUGUUUUAUUUUAGAAGAAGAAUUACGAUUUGAGUGUGAUUCCUGAGUGAACUGCCUUUUGCCUACUUUUCCGUUUUGUAAAUGCCAACCCAUCACAAGUGUAUAGGCCUCAGGGCCCAAUUUCAACAUGAGUCGUAGCAAUUACAUGCAGUGCAUGGACAAUGUCAAUUGGCAGGUGAAUGCAUCUAAAGUGUCAUGGAUCUGUUUUUGUUGAGACACAUUCAUUCGGAGGUGAACCUUUAAAACAAGGUUUAUAAGCUUGAAAUGGUCUCGAUGUGUCAAUCUCAGUUCUGAAAAAGAAAAAAAAAACAUCACAUGUAUUGAGAUCAUAAUUGUGUGGCUGGGUUUAUUCGAUAAGAAAAAUUGUCCAAUAGAAUCUGAUGCUUUUAAGCUCAUGAAGUCUUGAGUUAUGUCUUGAAUCACGAACAUGACAUGUCUCACCUCAUACCCUGUCCAGUCUUAAAGUUUGAAGUGGUGUCUGUUGUUUGGCUGCCUUAUCAUUCAGUACUGUUCAUCGGUUUUUAUGUCCAUGAAGGUUGGAAUUCAGUUCUGGUCAAAGUUAUCAGGACCUUUUGCAGUUUUAGGGUUCAAAAUUGACAAAUUAUGUUGUUAGUGUUGUUGAUUCAUUCUUAUCAUCUGUAAGGAAUUCGAGAUUAUUUUAAGUGCUGGCAUUACAAAAAAAAAAUCAUAGUUGCACAGCUGAAGAUAACCAUGAUGAUUCUAUUUUUUUUUUUUUUGUUGCCAAACUAUAGAAGACCUCAGUAACUGCUAGGACCUUUAACUAAAGGAAUAGGAAUAAACAAAGAAAACAUAUAAGGUUACUUUUAUCAGUCUCUACCAUCUGGUCAGUUAAGCCCAGUUUUAAGAAUCUUUGUAUUUUCACAUCUUAUCAUUGGAGACCAAGUCUUUAUUCUUAGUUGGAGGUUGCAGUUGCUGAGGUCAAGGUUUCCAGUGUUUAGCUCUCUGCAGCUUUAAAAAAAAAAAAUCUUAAAUAUCUCAUUUGUAUAAAAAUAAAAUCAUUUUUUUAGAGAUAUAAUACGACAAAAAAUGAGUGACAAUUUUUGUGACCACCUUGUUUCUCUUGUCUUGAGAGGCAGGUUUGGACUGAAAUAAACUUGAGUUUUUGAAUUACAUUGAUCAUGGUACAGAAACACUAUGGUCAUGGAAAGAUAUUGCUGAAACUAAAUAGUUUUAGUUUUUGUAAGGGCAGUUGCAACUGUUUACAUAACUUUUCAUGGGUUACAUGAUGGGUUUUGUAGGAAAGAUGAAUGUUUGGACCAUGACCUUUUUUUGAAAGCUUAUGGAGUAGUGUCCAAGUGGACUGUCAGUCUGUCUGAACUGCUUUAAAGAAAUAUUGUUCUAUUUUUGUUUGGUGUGUAAAGGGACCCUACUACAUUGACCAGUGUAAAUCUGAAUGGACAGUGUUGAAAUCAUUUGUAUACACAACUGCCUAAUAAACUGCUAAAUUGCACACAA